AUGGCGACGGAGGGAGGAGGGAAGGAGAUGAACAAUAAGACCCAAUUCACAACCCGGGAAGGUCUGUACAAGCUGCUGCUGCACUCGGAGUACAGCCAGCCCAACCUGGUGCCCUUCAACUCGCAGGGAUCCAACCCCGUCUGCGUCUCCUUUGUAAACCUCAACGACCAGUCUGGCAACAGCGACCGCCUCUGCUUCAAUGUGGGCCGGGAGCUCUACUUCUGUAUCUACAAGGGAGUCCGCAAGGCUGCUGACUUGAGUAAACCAAUAGAUAAAAGGAUAUACAAAGGAACACAGCCUACUUGUCAUGACUUCAACCACCUAACAGCCACAGCAGAAAGUGUCUCUCUCCUAGUGGGCUUUUCCGCAGGCCAAGUCCAGCUUAUAGACCCAAUUAAAAAGGAAACUAGCAAACUUUUUAAUGAGGAAAGGAGAAUAAAGAACUCUUGUCAGCACUUGUGGAAGGUGGAUUGGAAUGAAGAAAGAGAGAAUGAAGGUAGCAAGACCAGUGAGGAGGCUCUAGUAACUGUCCAGAGACUAAUAGACAAGUCACGAGUAACCUGUGUCAAAUGGGUUCCGGGUUCGGAAAAUUUUUUCCUAGUAGCCCAUUCGAGUGGGAACAUGUACUUGUAUAAUGUGGAGCACUCUUGUGGCACCACAGCCCCCCACUACCAGCUUCUAAAGCAGGGAGAAAGUUUUGCCAUGCACACUUGCAAGAGCAAAUCCACGAGGAACCCUCUCCUUAAAUGGAUGGUGGGCGAGGGGGCCCUCAACGAGUUUGCUAUCUCCCCAGAUGGCAAGUUCUUAGCAUGUGUAAGCCAGGAUAGGUUUCUGCAGGUGUUCAACUUUGACUUAGUGGAGCUGCACGGUACAAUGAAAAGCUACUUUGGGGGCUUGCUGUGUGUGUGAUGGAGCCCAGAUGGCAAGUACAUCGUGACAGGUGGUGAGGACGACUUGGUGACAGUCUGGUCCUUUGUAGACUGCCGAGUCAUAGCCAGAGGCCAUGGGCACAAGUCCUGGGUCAAUGUUGUGGCAUUUGAUCCCUAUACCACUAGUGUAGAAGAAAGCGACCCUAUGGAGUUUAGUGGCAGUGAUGAGGACUUCCAAGACCUUCUUCAUUUUGGCAGAGAUCGAGCAAAGAGUACACAGUCCAGGCUGUCCAAACGGAACUCCACAGAUAGCCGCCCCGUAAGUGUUACAUAUCGGUUUGGUUCAGUGGGCCAGGAUACCCAGCUCUGUUUAUGGGACCUUACAGAAGACAUUCUUUUCCCUCAUCAACCCCUCUCAAGAGCAAGGACACACACAAAUGUCAUGAAUGCCACAAGUCCUCCUGCUGGAAGCAAUGGGAACAGUGUCACUACGCCUGGGAAUUCUGUGCCCCCUCUACCACGGUCCAACAGCCUUCCACAUUCAGCAGUCUCAAAUGCUGGCAGUAAAAGCAGUGUCAUAGAUGGGGCCAUUGCUUCUGGGGUCAGCAAAUUUGCAACACUUUCACUACAUGACCGGAAGGAAAGGCACCACGAGAAAGAUCACAAGCGAAACCAUAGCAUGGGACACAUUUCUAGCAAGAGCAGUGACAAACUGAAUCUAGUUACUAAAACCAAAACGGACCCAGCUAAAACUUUGGGAACACCCCUGUGUCCUCAAAUGGAAGACGUUCCCUUGUUAGAGCCGCUGAUCUGUAAAAAGAUAGCACAUGAAAGACUGACUGUAUUAAUUUUUCUUGAAGACUGUAUAGUCACUGCUUGUCAGGAGGGAUUUAUUUGCACAUGGGGAAGGCCUGGUAAAGUGGUAAGUUUUAAUCCUUAAUGCUGCACCAGAUCUAGAACUUGAAUAGGUAGUGAUUUUUUUUUCUUGUGGGUGGGGUGGGGUGUACAAUGAAUGUGAAUGACACUUCUUACUCUUAAUGUAAAUCUAAAUGCAUCAGAGCCAUAAUUUUGGAUACUGCAUGCCAUGUAAUUCUGAAUCAUUUGAUAAUUUACCUUAGAGCAUUAAAAAAAUAUAAUCAAACUAAUUGCCAGCCAAGUCAGUCAUCCUCUUGGGAGUAUAUAGCAUCCCAAGGUUAGUGUUCCUGUAUUAGAUUACUUC